AUGUUUAUUGAUGUUGUUAUUGUAUUUCUGUUAAUUUUAUUUAAUCUAUUCGAGAGACUUCAAUGUGCGGGUAUUAAUCUAAUUCGAUAUCAUGCAAAUUUAUAUCGAUGUGGAGAAAUUAUUAUUGAUGAAGAUCUUAUACGACCAUUGUAUUCUUAUUUCAGUUCUAUGAAACAAGAUGAAUAUCGAAAUAGGAAUAAUUUGUAUCCAAUAUUGUAUUCAUUAGCACGUAUUGAAACUGCAUGUCGUGCAGCAUAUUUAACGUCAAAGGAAGAAAUGAAACGUCCAUCUAUUGUAUAUAAUGGAUUCAAAUGCACUGAUGUUAAUGAAUAUUCGACUGUAAUUGACACAAAAACUGAAGAAUCAGAAUCAAUAGACUCAAAAAUUGAAAAGUUUAAACCAGUAGAAGAUGAUGUGAUUGAACUAAACGUUGGUGGUCAAAGAAUAACAACAUCACGCUCAACUCUAACUGCUGUACCUAAAUCGAAAUUAGCAUUGAUGUUUAUGAAGAAUAAUACAAAUGCACAUAAAUCACGAGAUAAUCAAGGUGUAAUAUUUUUCGAUUAUAAUCCCGAUCAGUUUAAGUAUUUGCUUGAUCAAUUGCGAGCAAUUAAGCGUAAACCACAAAUAUCUGUCUAUGAUAUUCUUAUUGAAGCACCAAAUAUUGAUACACGAUUAAACUUUUCACUUAUGGUUUCUGAUCUUGGACUAAGUCCUGAACAAUUUUUGUCUCCUCUCACUGGUGCUCAUCUAAACUUGAAUAUAAGCUCUUUAAUUGGAUGGCAGGAAUGUUAUCGAAGUACAUAUCAUAUACCGUUCGAUAUAAUGAAAUUUUUAAAGAAUUGUAAAAGUUCAAGAUUUCUAGUCGCAUGUACUCCUACUAAUAACAAGGCAACUUUAACGUUAGCUGGUGUAGGUGGUAGUACAACUAUCUUACGGCAAUGUACUCAAAACAAUUAUUGUACGACUGACAUAAAUAAUGGUACAGGUUUCUACUAUGUGAAUGAUCAAGCCUGGGGAUUCGAAGGGCGUACUGAAGAUUUCGACUAUUCGUCUAAUGAUCAUUACUCCAUGCAUAAUGGCAUGCCACAAAAUGCGUUCAAUUUGAAUCCUUGUGAUACCAGUGAUCAAUAUGGUGAAUAUCGAUUAUGUUGGUCACUUCGUUCUAGUAUCAAUCGUGGAGGUGGCGAUAGAUGUGGAGACAUAAAAAAUCUUCAUAAUGCAUCGAAUUGGCAACGUAUUAUCUAUCAAGCUGUCUAA